UCCCCACACACAAACACAAACACAGACAGUCGGAGAGAGAGAGAAGGAGAGAGACAGAGAGAGAAGGAGAGAGAGGAGAGAGGCGAGACUUACUUCUUUCUGCAGCAGCGUUGAAACCAAAACCAGCUAUGGGACUGAGAGGAGGGAGUGAAUGAGAGCAAGAGAGAGACGGAGUAGGGCAGCAGCUGAGAAUGUAGCCGAGAGAAGGAAGAAGGAUCAAGUCAUGGGUUCUGAGGCAGUGGAGGACUGUGUCCAGGGGGCGCUGUCCUCCCUCUACCCCCCCUUCGAGGUGACGGCCCCCCCUCUUCUCUCGCAGGUCUUCACGGUGCUGGAAGGCACGUAUCGACACGACUCGCUCAGAUACCUCGUUGACUUCUUCAUCCCUGCCAAGCAUCUCCUGCAGAGAGUCCAGCAGCAAGCCUGUUCUCAGUAUGUAGGGUUCCUCUUCCUCCACGAGGGCUGGCCUCUGUGUCUUCAUGACAAGGUGGUGGUGCAUCUCUCAACGCUGGACUGGAAGAACCUGCAGCCUGGAGACUUCUAUCUGCAGGUGGUCCCCUUCUCAGCCAGGGCCCCGAGGCUGGCUGUCAAGUGCCUAUCCACCGGGGGUCGCACUGUCCAGGAGAUCUUGGUCCCUGAGUCGGACCAUGGUCACAUCUUUACCCCAGAGUGGCUGAACGGACUCAACAAAGAGCGGACCGGCGCCCGGCUCCAGCGUUGCCUCCUGAUCAGCGAUACAGGGCUGGUUCGGGCGGCCUGGGAGGAGGUGGUGUACCCGCAGUUCAUCCACAAGCCCGGCAGUAUGGUGGGGAGCCUGGGCACAGCUGUGGACCCGAGCCUUCUGAUGCCAACCGCAGUAAAGGUUCCACCCGAGGAACCAAAACUGAGCGAGGAAAACAAACUGAAGAGCGAGCUUGAAGGAGAGUAUGUGGAGCUUCUGGAAGUUGGCAUCGAGGAGGGCAGGGUCCAUCCUGGAGAGCUGGAUUCCAAACGCAGGUACCUGGAGGUCCACGGGAUCUCCAAAACCAAGACCAUGCCCCUUUGCAAAGGACAGAGUAAAGGGAAGAGCAGGAGGCACAAGGCCUGGCUUCACCACAGAACCACAGGAAAACACAACCCUUGUAGUGUGGCUCCAAAGCAAUCAGGAGGCAGCUCUGAGGAUUUCAAGAGCUCUGAGAGCACCAGAGCAGAAACCACUCCUAAGCUGACCAACUUUGAGAAGUUCCAGGGUGAGAUGGUCUACGUCGAGUGUUCCUCAGAAUCGGAAGGAGGGAUUUGUAUCCCUGCGAUGCUCGUUCCCUCAAGAGAAGAGAAAGCUGACCAAAAUCUGCAAGAGGGCAACCUUAAGAGGGUCUCUUUAAAAAGUGUUGAAGGCUAUGACUGUAUGUCAGGGGAGGACACCCAAAGGCUUUUCACGCAAUCGUUGACUCGGCUCGAUGAAGGCGUGGCCUCUCAGAGCCAACCACUGAGCAGCGGUGCUGGAGCCAAUCAAAUACAGACAGGCCGUGGAGCCAACCAAUUAGAGACUGAGGAUAGACAACCAUCUGGUAAAGAACCAUGUGAUGUUGGAUCACCUAUUCCUAAUAGGACAGAAUGUUUGAAAACAGAAAGGACUAAUUCACCUGUGCUCCCAUUGGCCAGCGAUGGAGAAUCAAACCAGCAGCCAUUGGUCAGGACGGUAAAUCCCCAACCGGCAUUGGUUGAAAGUUAUGAGGAACCAUGGACUGGAUGUCCAGAAUCGGAAUGUUUAUUGGCUGAGGAAGAUACCAGUUAUGCUCUUAUUAAACACAAGGGGUCAGGUGACCAAAAUCUCACAGACGCUAGUUUAUCAGACAAAUUAGUUCAAACAUCUUCCCAGGAAUCAACUGGCUGUAAGUCCAAUUCUAACCCUAACUCUGAACAGAACCCAGUUACUAGCAGAGUGGGAAGCAUGGACGUCCAAAAGGAAGUACUAGAUCAGGCCACAGGACCAGGCCAGGAGGCAGCAAAGCAGUCUGGGAUUGUAGAGGACAAAGCGACUGCAACCAAAGAGACCCAUAACAGAGCUCAUGGAACCAAAGGCCACAGGAGGAAGAGAAAAGGAAAAUCAGGGAAGGCUAAAUCCAGAUCCUCGGAUCAGACUGGGAAGGGGGGAAAGGGUGCAGUGAAGGAGCGCUCCAAACCGGCUGGCAAAGAGAAGCAGGAAGCCCCAGGAGAAUGCUCAGAGGUCAAGGCCGCACAAACACCCCGUGCGACAGAGUCCUCCUCCCUGACCCCCGGCCCAUCUGUCACUCAGGACAGCCAAACUGAGGACGUACAGCCGCUCGGGGUCAGAGGUGAGCCUGCACAGCUGCCCACCCUCCAAGACACACAACAGCUGCUGGGCAUUCCGGAAUGUGACUCCACUGGGAACGAUUUAAAAUCCCAUGACAUUACGCAAACAGACAAAAAGGAAAUGCCUCACAGCACUGACAACCAAUCAGAACAAACCUCAGUUGACCACCCAAUUAACAACACCUCAGAGGAAGAGGAGAAAGAGGAGCAAGCUCCAGAAGACCAAUCAGGAGAUGUCGCUCUCCAAGCUCCUCCUCUUCUGAAAGACCUGAACCCAGAGCUCCUCCAAUCAGGGGUGCUGACUCUGCCUGGUACCCGAGACAAAGCCGGGCGAGCCUUGGUUGUCAUGGAGACCCACAGCCCCAGCUGGCAGUAUCCAGUGGAGGAGAUUGUUCGCACCCUGGCCUGUUUCUACUCUCUCACCAGCAGUGAUGGUCUGACUGUGCUGCUGGACUCUCUCCAUGCUCCCUUCUCUCUGGACACCUUUACUCCACUCCUUGCCUUCCAGGAGACGGUUCCCAAUGGCAUUGGCAAGGUCCUGGUAUUAGUGGAAGAAAACUCAGCUAACUGUGUGGAGACUCCUUCAGUGCUACAGGUGGAGCUGGUGCAAGGAGUGCCGUCUCUGCAGCUGCACAUUGAGGCCUCUCAGCUGCCUGUCAGUCUGGGAGGGACCUCCACUCACUGUCACAGAGAGUGGCUCUCGUUUCAGCUGCGUUUGGAGUCCUUCUCCCAGUCCUGUCGAGAUGCGCUUUCUCUACUGGGAGAAGCACUGGGAACUCUGGACAAAAACCAGCUCCCAGACUCCACUCAGGCUGUCCAGGCUUGCGUUGAUGAUCACCAACAGCUCAUGAAAACAGUGCUGGCAGACGAGAGGUUGACCCAGCUCCAGAGAGAGGGCGGGGCUGUCCUGGCACACCUCUGCAGAGAGGCGGAGCAUUCUUCUGUCUCCCAGGACGACAGGGAUUCCCUUGCCGUGACCUUUGACCUCUAUAACGGAGUGGACGAUGCUCUUCACCGAUUGGUCAGGCUCUCCAACGAGCGAAUCCGCGACCUCGAGGCGCUGGCCAGACUGGGAACACUGGAGAACAAACUGGAAAAGGUCCUGUGCUGGGUCUCGGAGGUGGGGGAAGCAGGACUGGAGGGGUACAGAGACCUUGGUGACUCCCUGGAGCUACUGAGACGCAAACAGAGGGAAUUCAAUGACUUCAGUCAGACUGCUGCGGAGUUCUGCAGGGACGGCUACGAGGUCCUGCAGCAGAUUGAAUGCUGGGAUUCCUUCCCCUCUCCCAGGCUGCGGUUGAUUCAGGGGAAGGUUCCGGAAUCCCGGGAGAGGCUCCAGGACUUCACGGCUCACGUGGGGCAGUGCCGGAGCACCAUCGACAAGACCCUUCAUCUGUAUGAGUUCUUCAGUGAGGCGUACGAUUGGUCCCUGGAGGUUCUACGCCACCUCUCUCAGAUCUCCCCUGAGGAUUGCUCCUCCCCGUCUCGCUGCGGAGAGGCCCUGUCCUGCCUCCAGCGAUGCUGCCGCCAUUUCCCGGAAAUUCCAGACUCUCGCUUCUCUGAGGCGCAGUCGGUGGCCAGGGAGCUAGACUCUGCUUCCUCAAACACUCUUCAGAAUCACUGGACAUUUGCCAGAACCAAAUACACAGAGACCCGCUCUGUGCUGCACCAAAGACUAGAGAGCGCCCAGAAGGCACAGCGGGCCAAACUGGGUGGCACUCCUUCCAGGAGCAUGAGUAACCUCUACCUGCAGAGCCAGCGUUCUGCCCUUCAGUCGUGGGGCUCCUUAGCCUCUCUCCAGCAGCCCUUCUUCCCAGAGCACACAUCCACUUUACGGGCUGACGAGCUUCCCAGCCAGGAUAACCCUUGCGGAAGUGACUCGGCACCCCCAUCUCCUUUCCCCUGGCUUGGGAACCCUUUGUCCAAAUCCUCCUCCAGGUGGUAUCUCCAAGGCUUCCUGAAGGAGUCUUCUAAAGGCCCAGAUAACCCAAUUCCUGUUGUCCCGGCCAAACCCAACAGGAAAAGGAACCCCAGUUUUGAUUUUCAGGCACUGCUUGGCUCCAGGCGGGCCUCUAAGGACACUGGGAAGGUGGAGGACCCUGGAAGAUCUCCUCUGCUUUGGUUAGGGAGGACCGUAGUGGAGUCAAAGCCACGACAGACUGGAGUUCACAUCAAGGGACUGGAGGUCAGCAGCACUGAGGUUGUGGACCAGACCUGCUCGCCCAAACAGCAUGUCCUCCUGGGCAGAACUGGGGCACUUACACCCAGCACCCCCUGGGGGUGUACUCCACUGCUGGACCGCAAAAAACAAACCAGCAGAGUGCACCAGCUGGCGUCUGCACUGGCAAGCUCGGAGCUGGAGUACGUGAGUGCUCUGCACCACGUGGAGCAGCAGUACCUGCCCGAGGCAGAGCUGAGGGAACUGCCCCAGGACCUGCGGGGGAAGAGGGGCGUGCUCUUCGCAAACUGGGAGAAACUCACCGCCUUCCACACGCACUACCUCCUCUCUGCCAUAGAGGGUGCUGUGAACCAGCCACACAUGCUGGGGGACUGCUUCCUCAGACAUAAACAGCAGUUCGGACUGUACUCCCUUUACAUCAGGAACAAGCCCAAGUCCGAUGCUUUGCUAGCGAGCCAAGGCAGUGCUUUCUUUAAGCGAAGGCAGCAGGAGUUGAGGGACCCUCUGGAGCUGGGCCGGUACCUCCAAGCCCCGGUCCUGAGGCUGCAGCAGUACUGCGAGGUUCUCGAGGAGCUGGCCAGAGACUGUGGUCAGCAAACCUCUCAGCACCAGAGUGUCCAGAGCCUGCAGUCAGCCGUGGCCAUGCUGAGAUUCACUGUCCGGCACGGGGAGGAUCUGAGAGCCAGCGACUGCAUCACAGCGAGCGAGGUGAGUCUGUCGGAGCAGGGGCCCUUGUUGAGACAGGAUGAGUUCACGGUCUGGGGAGCUCGUAAGAAGGUCACGCGGCAGAUGUUCCUGUAUGAAGAGAUGCUGCUGUUCACCAAACACAAGAGCCAUCAUGGAGGGAAGAGCUGUUACAUCUACAAGCACUCGGUCAAGACAUCUGAUAUAGGACUCACUGAGAAUAUCGGCGACUCUGCCACACGGUUCGAGAUAUGGAUUCGACACUCCAAAUCCAGAGAGGCCUACGUGCUGCAGGGCAAGACUCCAGAAGUGAAGGAGACCUGGACCCGGGAUAUUGCCAGGCUGCUGUGGAGGCAGGCCAUGAGAAACAAGGAGCUGAGGCUCCAGGAGUCUGUAUCCAUGGGCAUGGGCAGCAAACCCUUCCUGGACAUUCAGAGCAGCGCUGCCAACAUCUGUGACCGCAACCUGGACUACGUACUGAGGUCCCGCAGUAGAGCGUCGGUGGCGGUCUCGUCCUUUGAUAGCGACAGCCAUUUCAGGAGGAGCCCCUCCCCCCUGCUCUCCCUGGGACUGGGACCCCUAGACCUGCACUUCACCCAGCCUCCGCCCAGCAUUCAAGAGGAGGAGGAAACAUACACACACCUGGCUGGCAGUUCUGGCUCCUCCUCUUGUGGGAGUGGUCAGCAGGGUCUGCCAGGGGUCGAGUCGGGAUCAGCCCAGGUCACAACACUCACAAAUUCCUCCAGCUCUCAGUGUGGGAUGCAGAAUAAUGAAGCUAUUGUAAGCCCAUCAACUGCUGUCUGACAGUCAUUCCAAAACUAACCGACUAUCCACAAAGAGAACACAGCACAAGUACACCCACAAUGCAUCUGGAGUGUGCGUAUGCCAGACAGUUACCUACAGUUCAACUGGAAUGUCCAUAACACAACAUUUGGUACCCAGAAUGCAACUGGAAAGCCCACAACACAACAUAUAUACCCAGAAUGCAACGGGGAUGCUCACAACACAACAUAAGUACCCAGAAUGCAACGGGAAGGCCCACAAUACAACAGAGGUACCCAUAAUUGACCUGUAAAGCCCACAACAUAUAUACCCAGAAUGCAACUGGAAGGCCCACAAUACAAUGGGAAUUCCCAGAAUGAAACUGGGAAGCUCAUAACGCAACAUAGGUACCCAGAAUGCAACAGGAAUGUCAACCACAAUUCGGAAGUACCCAGGAGCAGUACCACACUUCCCAUGUGUCUGAACUCCAUAAGAGCGAGUAUUUCAACAGGGACUGAACAUCUCGACCCUUUCACGUGGCUGUUUAUCCUUGAGUGCUGGUUUAUAGAACUUCAGAAAACAAAUAAGCCUUGCAUUUGCACUGUGCCACGAAGGCAAUGUUCAGCAGAUGUCUGCUAACCCAGGCACCUGUCUGCACGAUUAUUAGAUACCCCCAAAGCAACUGGAAUGUCCAAAACACAGCAGAAGGAUCCGAACUGUAAACGACCCAGGAUGCAAUAAUAUUACUGUGGUUUAAAUGCUGAACUUAGAGGGUACGACAUAUAGGCUGGGUCAUUGUGCGUAUUUAUAAAAUAUGAUUUUCUAUAGUUAACAUAAAGUGGAAUUCUGUGGACUAAGUAUUUAUAUCUCUGAGGUAUUAACCAAGACUUAUAGUGUAAUAAUGAUAUACUAUAUGCAUAUAUAUUCCUAUACUGUGUGGGUUUCCAUGUUUGGCUCUCAUACGUGGACUUUAUCAAAACUGGACAUUUUCAAAUAUAGCAAUAAUUUUAGAAUUAGUAAGAGUCUCGGUUUUGUUACUUGUACAGGGUUUCAUCUGAGGAUUUCAGUUUGCCUUCAUUCUCAGAGCUUUUUGAUGACUAUGGGUUCAAAGCUCCUGCAACAUUGGGAAUGGCUAUCCACAUACUUUUAAAGAACUACAGACAGACUGACAGCAACACAAUGGCUGUGAGUUUUGCAGUUUGUUUUUUUUAGAUAAAUCAAGACAUUACAGGACAGGCUGAUGCACAUGCAAGCUUUUCAAAUAUAGCUGACAAAAUACUUCCAGUAACUCUUAUCUAAUAUGUAUUACAAUCACAUGUUCUUUAAUGAAAGAAGCAUACAUUACGUUGAACUUGUAUUUGUAUGCAGGUCUCUUUCACGCUUUGCCAGGCUGGUCUCUCCCCAUUGCAGGAAGGGGGUUUGAGUUCUAGUUGGAAAAACAUGCUUCCUGAGCAAUAUAUACAUUAGUGUUUAAGAGUUUACAGACCACAACUGAAUUACAGCAAGACUAGGGGUGAGGAUUGUAGUGCCCCUGUCGCCUCACUCAGACCCCUUACUUACUAAAUACCCUGGUAUCUCUGAAUAGAUAAUCGCCUCCUCUAAAAAUAUGCUAAAUAUUUUAAUGAGCCACACAUCUCACAAGUAGAAUGGUCCUCCGAAAUGUUCUCCUUUUUCUAGGAAAGCAGCACAACAGGCAUGGGGAGUUUGUUGCUGGAGAACGUCCCACUACUUGCUCACUAAAUAUCUUGGUAUCUCGGAAUAGACCAUUUUCUCCACUUUAAAAAAUAUGCUAAGGAUUUUAUGAGCAAUCUGUCUCACAAGUACAGUGGUACCAUAAAUAUGCUUAAUUUACGAACACAAAAAAUGAUUUUUCUGAGUGGGUGACCACCAAGUCUGGGACAAUAUUCAAUGUAGGGUUUUCCAUGGCAGUCCUGAGCACGAAACCUGUCUUUGAGGGUGAAAUGAAGACUAAUAGACUAAUAUAUGUGAGAUGUCUGGUUCAUUAAAAUAUUUUGCAUAUUUGUAAAGAGAAGACGAUGAUCUAUUCAGAGAUACCAGGGUAUUUAGUAAGUAAGGGGUCUGAGUGAGGAGGCAGGGGCACUACAAUCCCUAGUCUUGCCUUAAAUCAUUUGCUGUUUCCAAACUUUUGAACACUGCAGCACAGUCAUAACUAUAAAUCACUAAAUAGCUCAUUAGUGCCACGUUUUGAAACAGUGCAAGAAGCAAAUUGAAUGACAAACAACUUCAUUGAAGACAUUGAGAAAGACUUCUUGUCGAAAUGUCUUUCAUUGAAUUAUUUAAGUUUAUUUUAGUAUUGUAUACAUCCAGUACAGUAUAGGAGACCUAUUGGUAAUGUAUGUUCUAAACACCAGCCACUGUUUAGAAGUGCUUAAUAUACAGUACUAGCGAUAAUGUAAACUUGCACUGAUCACUGCAAUAUAAUCUAUAUACUAAAGUGCACAGUAGCAAUCUAAAACACACUAAUGUAAACCCACUCCUUUGUAAUGUAUUAUCUUUAUAUUAUUAUAAUCAUGUUGCUUGUGGCUUUUUUUUUGUGUGUUGUUUUUUUCCUAAAAUGGUUUAUUACUGGAAUCAUGUCGAAACUAGACUUUAUACAGAGAAUAAUGCAAUCUAUGUAAAACUAUAAUAAUUGUAUAUGCAAAUAUAUUUAAAUCUUACAUACUGCA